CCUCGCCCUUCCCGCCCCAAACACCGUAAAGGGAGUGGUACUGCCUAAUGCAGGGUGACAAUCGAAGCUCCUAACUCCUAGGCUUUUGCCUGUGAUUGGCAAUUUGCUCACAGAUGGGAAUUCGUGGUGUGAUUUCAGCCGGACGGCACUGGAAAAUACACACAGUGCGGGAACGUUCCCACUGCCUGCCUCCCGAAACAUCAGGUCACGUUUCCCGCUAAGGAGGACACCUUCCUUCCCCUAAGGUUGAUACCACAUCAGUGUGUUCGGUACUUUUCUGUUCAGCUAACAUCACCUUGCUGUGAAAACAAAGUGUUCUGUAGCUAUUGACUCAACAUACCUGUAUAAAAUGUAUGUCAGUAAACGUUUUCAAAAAAGGAGAUGGAAGCUGAGGACACCAGGACGAAACAGAAGGUCUGUAAGAUCUAGCAGAAGAUAUUUGCUUUAAUUCUACUGGUAAGGAGCCGGUAGAUUUCACAAAGCAAAUCUUUAAUAAAGUGUUUUGUACCUGCACAAAAGAACAAUGCAAAAGAAACGGCUGUUUGAAGUUCAAAUCUCUUUUUUUUAGUCAAUAUCUCAGUGUCCUAAUGUAUUUUAUUUCUGGAUUUUAAUUACAGAAGAGUGGUGCUUGCACCUGAGAAAUCAUGUUCAACUUCAGAUGCAUCAAGAAGUUACUACAGUACCUGAAAUUUUUCAUUUAUUUAUUUAUUGAGAAUCUCUUCUGUAUAUGUCCUCUACACAAAAAAUAUUUUGCUGCUGAAAUAGUUCUUAUUACUGGCUCUGCAAAUGGGAUUGGAAGGCAGAUUGCCUUAAAAUUUGCUCCUUUGGGAGUAACUUUGGUUCUUUGGGACAUCGAUGAUGAAGGCAACAAAGAAACAUGCAGACUAGCCCAAGAAAAUGGAGCUAACCGGGUGUUUGUCUACCACUGUGACUGCAGCAGUAGGGAGGAUAUCUAUGAAAAGGCAGACAAGGUUAAAAAAGAAGUUGGGGAUGUUACUAUUCUAAUUAAUAAUGCUGGCAGAGCGCUUGGGAAGAAGUUCUGUGACAUUUCAGAUGAAGAUUUUGAAAAGACCUUGAGAAUCAACUUCUUCUCUCAAGUCUGGACUUGCAAGGCUUUUCUUCCAGCCAUGAUGGCCUGUAACCGUGGGCACCUGGUUAGCAUGGCCAGUGCGAGUGGAUUACUGGGACUCUACAGACUGACAGAUUAUACUGCAAGCAAGUAUGCUGUCGUUGGAAUGAUGGAAGCCAUAAAUUCAGAACUGUAUCAUGCAGGAAAACAUGGCAUUAAAACCACAAUCAUUUGCCCUUAUUUUGUUAAGACUAAAUUAAGUAAAGGUUUCCAAAGCGCAAAACCUUUUUUGCUUCCUGUUUAUGAUGCAGAGUAUGUAGCCAGCAAGAUCUUGAAUGCAGUUAAAAAGGAAAAGUUUUAUCUAAUCAUGCCUCCAACUGUACGCUUAUUUGGUUUGAAAACUUUCAUUCCUAGAAAAGUGGUACUAUUCUUCGAAUCAUACAUCAAGUUCGCUGAGAGCAUGGAUAAAGCCUUUGGUCGGAAGGAAAAGGAUUGAAACAAAAAUAUUCUGAAGACUUCAAAUGCCAUCUAAUUGAAUAUUUUCAGUAAAAAACUAAUUUUAAAUCAUGUUUAUUCUCUGACAGAAAACUUACCUCUUGUGUGAUAUUUGACAUUGGUCAACAUGCAAUUUAAUUCUUCAUAACUGUCUUUUAUGUCUUUACAUCUUUAUGUUUGGCAAUUUUCCAAGUAACUUUGAAAAAUCGUUGAAAUUUAAAAUUAUAUAGGUACUAUGUUAAGUGAUCAAGCAACAACUUGGCAUGGACUGUAUUGUCUUCAGACUGAAAUUUCAAUGACAUAGCCUGAAAACACUGAUUUUUAGGCACAACCCAAUCUCUCAUUUCUUGAUGUCAUGCUGCUUUUAUCUGCGGUCUCAAUAAAAGUCAGUAAGACCAGGCAGGGAUGUUUGACUUCAUUUUGUAUUCUGAAUUCUCAAUUUCUGAGCAAAAUCUUAAAGCACAGGAAAAACACACUCCUGUUGAAGCAGAAAUCAAAACAAACAAACAAACAAACAAAACCACAACCAAAAAAACCUAAACCACAAAGCAUUUAAUACAUUUCCCUUUUAGGGUCAAAACAGCACUGCAGUUCACACAAAGCCGACAUGAAGAAGGGUUGCUGUGGGAUGAUGGGCUCUGCCUGGUUAGCUGUGCAGGGAGCCUGUGUUCUGAAGAGGAGUGAACUGCAAGGGGAGCUGAUAAAGUGUGUGUGGUGCUGCGGCACUUACCACGCUCCUCGUUAGUCAGUACACUUUGCGAAACACUGUUCUGUGGGAUACAUGUGCCUGGGUCUUGACCCAUGGCUAGAGGCUGAUACUGGAUCAUUUAUCAAAGGCUGUAGCUUAGAAAGAGCAUAUGUAAACUUGUAGCAGUAGCAAAGCAUCAUGUGCCUACUCAGAAAGGAGAGAUGAUGAAGCCCCACAAUCAGAGGAAGUAGACAGGAAAGAAUUCCAUCCUAGAAAUCACUUAUGUGGUAAUUAGUUGUCGCUAUAAAUUUUGUCAAAGGUUCCAACAACAGAAUAGUUAAAGUUUACAAAUGUAGGCUCUGUGGUGAGUAGCUGCUGUAGGCAGCUGUGUGUUGAGCACCGAUGAAGCCCACAGGCAUCUGGCUCCCUUCUCUGGCCCUAGAGGCUCCAAUGCUGCUUUGAAGCAACCUGCAGAGGCCAGAAAGUGGGUUCAAGGUGCUGUGUCCCAGGUUAGGUCCCUGAAGUCAGCAGCUGAAUCUGGACCUGUAAACUGGUCCACACACUUCUUUUUAAUUCCAGUGACCUUACUUAAAUUACUUAGAAAAUCAUUAAUUUGAGAGUAUUGUGAGAAUCUGUGCAAGAAAUCUUUGUUUGGCAAUUUUCUGAGUAACUUUUGAAAAAUCAUUAAAAUAUAAAAUUACAUAGGCAUUAUGUUAAGUGACCAAGCAACAACUUUGCAUGGACUAUAUUGCUUUCAGACUGAAACUUCAAUGAGGUAGCCUGUUUGUCAGUGUGGAACAUUAUUCUGUUGUAAAUCAUGGAAAAAAGAAUACAGACAAGAGGAAUACCUCAUGUAUUCUUGUAUGUGCUGGUACUUAAUUGAUAGAAAUCAAUCCUCAUGUAAAUUUUCAGAAAAUGCUAGCAUAAAAUGUUCAUAAUUAGCUUAACUUAAAAAAUGAACAAAUAAAUUGCAGACAAGAAUAAUGAAUCUACAAAGCCUACCUUCUAAAAAUCCACUGUAAGUAAAUAGAGUGGAUUUUUAGAAACUAGGCUCUGUAGUCAUCUAUUGCCCACAUUUGCCACCAUGUUUCAAUUGUACUUAAGUAAGCCCAUACUUGCUAACUCCUUUCCAGCUAAAAAUGCUUAUAAGAAUGCACACUCCAAUGAAAAACCUAUUAUUUUAACACCAGUGUUUCCAAAGUAUGCAUGCAUUCAGUAAAUCCUUUCAUGUACCUGUAGAUAUUACAGGAGCAAUUUGAGCUGAGAGAACGAGAAAGCUAUCUAAGGUUUGCAUCUUUGGAAAGCAAGGUUUAUUGACUUAUGUUUUUGAAAACUCUCUAGGUAAUGAGUAAUUGAAAAAUUAUUUUCUUCCAACUAAUGAAACAGGAACAAAGUCUGAAUUGCUCCCUGUGAAUAAUGAUCGUUUUCUAAAUUGCAAGCAAAUAUGUUGAGUAUUGGGAUUCCCUUAUUCCACAUGAAUGUUGCAAUUUGGCUCUAGAUCUAUGGUCAUUUUUAAGUAUGAUUACAGCAGACAAUGCAAACUGAUGUGGCAUUAUAUUUGUGAAUGUAUUGUGGGCCUGAAUAUCUUCAUAUGUAAGGCCAUUACUGGUGUUGCAGAGCUUCAGAACAGGGCUCAUGAGGUGAAAAGAAUAUGUUUUUUAAUUAUUUGGAAAAUGAAACACACCUGUUAGUGACGUUAAUAUUUGGUGGACUAUCCAUCAUUUAAAAUCUGAUGGCUAAGGAUGAAAUAUCUGCAGUCAAAGAGCACAUUGUAAGGGCUUUUUUUUCAGGACCCUUUUGUUAUUUUCAGUUUCUUGAACUAACGUAUAUGAACCUGAACCUUACUACCUACAUCUGCAGUAGUAAGUUUACCAGCUAUAUAGACAGGACAUGAGUAGAUUAGGAAUAAUGUAAAGGAAAUAAUGUUCUAUUUUGUAAGCUAUAUUUCACCUAUUCUGCACAGCUACACUGCAAAAACCUACUCUGUAUUGCUGCAACCUCAGGCAACGGCACUCUUUGGCUCCAUUUUUUUUUUCAGUCUAAUCUGCUUUUCUCAAGAAGGAAUUUGUAAAGCUUAUACUUUCUAAGUCUCACAGUGAUCUGUUAGAUCUUCUUAUGAGCUCCAGAAAUCAGUAACUCGUUCUUUUCUAUGAAAACACAAGGAAAAUAAUUUUGAGUUUUGGGGCUGGUUGUGGGUUUUUUGUUGUUGUUGUUUUGGGGUUUUUUGUUUCUCUUUUUUGUACAGAACAGAAGUGUGAUAGAUCCUGUAAUACAAUUCUAAAAUUCUAAGCCAAGACCUUCCUAUUAAGGCUCAGAAGAUGUAAUCAGAUGCUGUUCCUGUUUUUCUAAUAUAAAAUUAUCUUUCAUCUUUUGAAAAAAGUAUCUCAGAGUUAUCAACAACUCCUGCGAAACAUACCCUCUACUUCUUUGAGGCUUUCAUUUUAUUUGUAAUUCCUCUAAGCAAAUACAUUUUAACAAGAGAAAUUCGGUUACUAAUGAAGCUGCAAAUGAGACUGGAAGGCAGUUUAUCUUAAUUUUUUUCUCCUCUGGGAGUACUCCUCAUUCUCUGUGAAACUGAUGAAGAGACCUGUGUUGCUGCAUCAACAGUGAGUUAAUCUGCAACGUCAGACAAAAUACAGUUUCUUGCUCUUGUUUUAUGCCCAUUGGUACAGCAUACCUCCAGAGAAUUUUUUUCUUAUAGAGGAACUUGUAGUUCUGGGUGUCUUAUGAAGAACAUUAAUCACAAUCAAAUUGUAAGUAUUUUCAGAAAGAAACUUUUGAAUUAUGUUGGGUCACCUUGUAAUCCAACAAAAAUCUUAGGUAAACCUUAGAGCAACCAUAUGCAACUUUGAUUUCUCAUCAAUUUCUGUAAUCACUUGGAUAUUUCGAUGUCACUCUGGGACUGUCCCUGAGCAACUAAAUGAGUACUCAGGUGGUUUUGCUGGGACAUAGCACCCUGUGACUCCUUAAUGUUCAGAGCAUGAAAAAGAGAGAGAGAGGCUCACAGUAGCACCUUGCCCCAUUAAGCCCACUGGCUGGAUGGCUCAGUGCAGCUUAGUUCCUGUCCUGCAUCAAAGGUCCUUCUGGAGGAAGAGCAUUUUUAAAUCAUCUGCAAAAAGCAGAGAAUGUCAUAUAUAUGAUACAAAUGUACAAUAAACUACACCAUAAGCAUACUGGUAUGAUUCUUGAGGCUGUCCUGUGCCAGGCCAGGAGCUGGACUUUGAUGAUUCUUGUGGGUCUCUUCCAAGUCUGUGAUUCUGUGAUUAUUAUGCAGCAGCCUUCCAGGAUCAGACCCAAAAUACCUGCAUUUCUUCCUGGGUGUAUGUGCUAUCACAGCCAAAUCGGGAUAACCAUCUGAAAUAUACAGCUCUGUGGAAAAUAGCCAUUGUAUGGAGAUGGAGAUAUAUAUAUUCUCCUACAUUUCUUAGCUCCUCUUUUACUUGAGAGAUAAAUGUUUCCACCCAACCAAAUUUGUUAUAUGUCCCCUAUAAGUCAUCACUGCAGUUUCUCAUAUAUGCUCAAAUUCUUCAUCGAUAGACUUAAGCAUGUAACAACAGCUUAGUGACACUGAGAUACAGCUUGCAGCAUAUCACAGAAACAACUGGACUUUCCAAGAAAUUCUGAUAUCUUUUUCUGUUUAAUCAUCUGAAUUGGCAAUAUCUCAUUAAAUUGUAAAACACUCUCAGAACAACCUCAGUCUUUCUGAAGGCCUGAUCACCCUCUCUAAAUGUCAGCCUACAAAACUCAUUAAGUUAUCUAAUGAGUUUCUUUGGAUCCCAAGGUUUUAAGAGUGAAACCAACCCGAGAAAAUAAGUGACUAGCAUAGCUGAAGAGAAGAACAAAGGAAAGACAGCAUAACACGGGGGUCAGUCCAAAAACCUUUGUGUGCAAGGUUUCCUUUCCAUGCCAUCAAGACACUGGUUGCUUACAGAAAGUCCAGUCAAGGGUCUUGGAAUACCAGAUAAGGACAAUUCAUUUCCAUCAGCUGCUUCCAGCCCGCAUGAAGGCUACAGAAGCAUCUGCACAACAACCACAGAGCAGCACACGCAAGUGUUUGAAUAUGUUAUCUGCUGUGGGGAAGAUUCCUAUUAAUUUUACAUAGUGUUGAAACACAAGCUACAGGCACUUUGCUUAGGAUUCCCAGUGUCACCUUAUUCUCAUGUUUUAUCCAGUAGUAAUUCUGAAAUUAGAGACUCUACUGCAAAAUUGCCUAGAGUGGGAGAAAUAAAGGAAACUGUUUUAGAAGGAUGGCUUUCAUAAACAGGCACUCUAAUAAUACUCAAAGCUAAUUUGAGACUAGUUUUAUAUACUAACAAUAAAAAACAUUUCCAAAUCCUGCAAUAUUUGAAGUCUUUUUCAUCAGUAACCUCUAUCUUCUUCUUAGCCUCUGUCUGGAAAGACGUUUACUCCACAGUUCCCACAAGUAAUGGGAAAACUGUGGAGGGAUAGACUUGGUGCUGGAAGUCAGGAAAUUUCCUGUUCUUCUGUCACUACCUUUGUCUUUGACCCUGUUCAUACCCUGGAAAACACAAAAAUAGUGAAAGUUGCAUAAAGUGUGUAUAAAAUGUACUGUCCCUGUUUUUCAUCAUUAUAGGUCCUGAGAAAAGCAGGCACUUUUUCAUGGUAACUAGAAAUAGAUUUUCGUCUCUUUACUUUUACACGUAGAGAAAUGUUAUUACUUUCUGUAUUGUCUGAUGAUUUUCAAUACUUCAUACAAUUUCAUGAGGAAGAAAGGCCUGAAUCAAUCCAAAGACCCCAGUUAUUAACAGAUCAAAAUUCUACACUGAUUACUAUUAUGGAUUUUUCUAGUUUCCUUCUUCAGUCAAUACAAUGCCUCUGUUCAAUACAGAUUCUUCAUGAUGCCACAAACUGCUAAUAAAGAAUGACUGUUUAAUUUAAAAAAUAAUUAAUACAGAUCUAAUUGCCUUUUACCAUUGCACAGAACUGUUGCUGAAGCCAAAUAAAUGAUCAGGUGGCCAUCCAAUUCACUAACUAAUCUCAGAUGGCAGCACUGCCUGAGGUAGCCAUGAUUUAAAGAGUCACAAGGCAUUGCUCAACAUUUUAAUAAACUCCAUGCUUUCCAGGUGUUCGUUGAUCAAAUGCAUUGUGUUGGUGGAAGUGGCAUUUUAACAGUUGCUCUAUUGCUUUCUCCAUUGCUUCUUUCUCUGAAAUGUGGUUAACAAAUGAAACACUAAUAUUUCCAAUGUGCAUUUUUGGUGCCAUUUAAGUCACCAUUCACCUGAUUUCUUACUGUUGUCUGUUUAGAUGAAUCACACCUAGGAAUGCUUUCUCUGUUCCAUUGUCACUAAAGGGAGUCUAGGUAGCUUGUAUCUACAGGUUUGUAUGAUGUAGAUGUCUACUUUGGGUCAACUGAAUUCCCCAGGUAUCAGGACAGACCUCCUGUCCAAUGGAGGGAAAACUCAGAAAUCUCGGAUGGUAUUUUUUACACUGCACCACUGUAGCAGUUCUUCACUUGAAGCAUUGCUGGCCACCCCACCAGGCCAUGGGCUAUGAUUAAUGGGACUUCUUCAUAAAAUCUUCCUACACAACACAUUUGCUGUUUCAAUAUCUGCGUUUGUCAUCUAGGAAGCACAGAAAGAGUGUAAGUGGCGUAAGAUACAUGUACAUGUAUUGUCUCUAUUUUUCACUUGUGGGAGACAAAAAGACAAAGUAAGGUCAGAAAUUGUUGUUUUAUUCCUCCAUUUCUCAGUUGUUUAGUCAAAAGACCCACAAAUCUUAAAAGUUCUUUACUGAAGGUUAACCUUUUCACUGUUACUGGUUUUUAAUUAUAAGCAUUUUUAAUUAUGUAUUUAUGGUCUUACAAAUAAAUUUUUUGAAGUACAGGCAAAUCAUCUGUUCCACAUAAAGAAAUUACUCAACAACUGUCUUGCACUUCAAUUAUUUACUCUUUACUCAAGAAAAAGUAUUUGCAAAGUAGCAGCAAUGAUGAGACCAACAUGAAUAGCAGAGGUGUUGCCACACAGACAAAACAUCCAGGAAUAAAAUUCCAAUAUUUUCCAUUACCUAAUCCAUUUUAAGUGGUAAUUAAGAACUAUACAGGUUUUGUGAAACACUUCCAUGUUCUAAGACACUAAGAGAUCUUCAGAUGUUGUCAGUGUUACCUAUGGGUUAGUUCCAGGCAUCUCCCUAUAUUAGUUUGAGUUCUUUUUAAAUUUUACUCUCCCUUUUGACUGUAUAUUCAGCCAAGUUAGAUGUGCCUUGCUAAGGCUCAGCUUUCAGGACAUCUUAUCACCAGAUAAGUAUAUCUAAAAUUGAUGUUCUGAAUUUGGUUCUAAACUCCUCUGUUCUUCACUUUGGCAGAAAAGACCUAAUAUCAUUUUCAGGUCAAUUAUAAUAUACUUUAAUAUGUCACCUGAAUUUUUAAACAAGAAUCAAGUGUCCUAUAAAGAAUGAUACAAUGGAUUUUAGUUUAAUGUUGAAGAAGAACAUACAUAUAUUUAUAUAUACACACAUAUAUAUAAAACAAUGUACAUAUCUAUGAAAGAGGGAGAUAAAUAUGAAUUAUAUAG